AUGUCCACAGAAUUGGUACAUGACCAUGUCAAUAAAUUUAUCGAAUCAUCCCGUGAAUUUGUUGGAUAUUGCCUUUCAAAUCGCUUUGUAGAAGCUUUUAAAGGGAACCAUGAAGUUAAUAUUGGAAAGGAAAAAUUUAAAGAGAUCCCAAGCAAAUACUACGAAAAAAGGAUUGCCGAGUAUUUUAAAGAGCAAAAAUUUGAAAUUGGAUUUUAUGAAACUACAAAAGAAAGUAUCGAGAAAGGCCUAAAAAACAUAUGCCAUGUACCACACCAAGUAGGUAAAAACGACUGCAUGGAAUUCCUAAAUGGUUUGCUUAAGAAUUGGAAGGGUUACUGCUCUAUUGAUACUGAUCAAUUAAUUUUGGAGAGUGUUGAAGAAUUUAUUCAUUCGAUGGAUAAUCAUUGA